GGCAGCGGCCCCAGCCUGGCUGGGGAGGGGGCGGGCGCAAGGCACGGCGGGAGGGGAGUUAGCGGCCGCCUAGGUCGGAAGCCGCGGUGCACGCCGGGAGCCGCGGUGCACGCCGGGAGCCGUAGUUCCGGCCUGCCGUGGUGGCCGGAGGGGGUUGCGCGGCCGCCAGCAGUCCCGGAGGAACGGCGGGGCAGCCAGGGACACCCCCCCCCGACCCAAGGGCCAUGUCAGGCCCCCCCCUCCCAUCACCAUCGGCAGCGGGGGGGCCGGCAGGGCUGUACCAUGAACGGCAGCGCCUGGAGCUCUGUGCUGUUCACGCGCUCAACAAUGUCCUGCAGCGACCCUGCUUCACCCAGGAGGCUGCAGAUGAGAUCUGCAAGAGGUUGGCACCCAAUGCCCACCUCAACCCACACCGCAGCCUCCUGGGCACUGGCAACUACGACGUCAACGUCAUCAUGGCUGCACUGCAGAGCCUGGAGCUGGCGGCCGUUUGGUGGGACAAACGCCGGUCGCUGGAGCGUCUGGCGCUGGGUCAGAUCCUGGGAUUCAUCCUCAACGUCCCCUCUCACGUCUCGCUGGGUUUUGUGGCAUUGCCGUUACGCCGUAAGCACUGGUUAGCCGUCCGGCAACUUCGCGGUACCUACUACAACCUCGAUUCCAAACUCCGGGCGCCCGUCGCCAUCGGCGGCGAGGCUGAGCUGAGGGCCUUCCUGCGGGAUUUCCUCUCCCAAGGGCUCUGCGAGGUUUUCCUAGUCGUGCCGCGUGCCGUGGAGGAAGCCGGCGCCUGGUUGAGCCCCGAGUGACUUGUCACAUGCUAAAUGGGUGACGCCGACGGGUGACACUGCUGUGGGCACUGCCCUUUCUGGGGUGAAACCUCCACGCUUUGGGUCUUUAGCCAGGCACAGCUCAUCCAGGGCAGGGGGGAUUGUUACGAGAUGAAGCUGGAUGGUUUUGGGGCGCCAUGGGGACCCCAGAGCUGGCACCCACUGUCACCGUGCUGCUGCGGUGCUUCAGCUCCCUGAUUUUGCCCCCAUUUUGCAUGUGGGUUUUGCCUCCCUCUGUCACCGGGAUUCCCCUGCAGGUGCGUGUGUCGUAGCGGGGUGACGGGGGGUGUCAUGCGUGUGCAUGAGCGGUGUCCUGUGCACGUCACAGGCCGGUCAUGUGUGUAGCACUGUGCUUGUGCACGUCACCCUCCCGCUGUCCCUGUCGCGUGCCCUCACGUGUGUCACAUCCCAGUUGUUGCGUGUCGCCUGCCUCUGGUACACCUUUCCUGGCUCUGCGGGGUCGUGGCUCCAGCAUCGUGGCUGCAUCUGGAGCCGGAUUAAUUAUUCCCAGCCCUUCCCGGUGCUGGAUUUCAGCCCGUGGCGCCGCGUCCCCUGGCUUGAUCUCAGGGUGCACGCAGCGCUUCAGUAGGCUUAAUUACCCACAAAAAGGUGAUUAAAACUGUCGGUUUACAA